AUGGCGCAACCGUCGUUGAAGCGCGACAGGCCUCAUGAUAUAGAGCCAGAGCCAGUGCGCAAGCCGAACAGCCGAAUUCAGGGCCCCUUUGUGGACGAUGAAGAGGACUCUGCCGAAGAGGCAGCGAAGGCCACAACGGGAUCGCCUGCAAAACGACCAAUGCUGGAGCAAUCCUUUGACAACGAUGAACCUCAAUUCACCUCGCAAACCAAAGCGAACACGACAGCAAUACAAACGAUCGACUCCUCCGAGACAGAGGCUCCUACAGAUGACGCACCAGACAAUAGACAGACACAGGAUAUUGCUUUGCCCGUAUUUUCGGGAUCGCUUUUUGCAAGACUGAGGCCCAUAAAGUACGACAUCAAGACCUGCGAUGGCAAGGCUUAUUCCACCAAGCAGCGCCAAGUCAGUGCCGCCAUCUCGUACGAUCAGAUUGUAGCUGCGCGAUCAAGAACCAAAGAUGGCCGAGCGAAACGCAGCUAUUACGGAAUUGAUAUUCACGAACUCGUGAACAAUGCCAAGAAGGAGCUUGCCGAGCGCCCGGCCAAGACGCAGCCUACGCCCGAUGUGCCGCGACAGUCGACCGAACAGCCCGAAGCUGCGCGACAUGGCAAGAAGAACAAAAAGACGCUUUUGUGGACCGAAAAAUACCGGGCAAGAAGCUUCAUGGAUCUCUGCGGCGACGACAGCACCAAUCGUAUUGUCCUACGCUGGCUCAAGCGUUGGGAUCCAAUCGUGUUCCCUGGUGCAUCCAGAUCAAAGGCUGGCGUGGUAAAGAGGCCAGGCUCCAAGAUACAAGCAGAAGAGGAGAAGCCACACAGGAAGAUUCUGCUACUCACGGGGCCUCCUGGACUGGGCAAGACUACACUCGCUCACGUGUGCGCAAGGCAGGCUGGCUACGAGGUUCUUGAAGUCAACGCGAGUGAUGAUCGCAGUCGAGACGUGGUCAAAAACCGCAUUCGCACAAGUUUGGGCACCGAAACCGUCAAAAAUGUUGCAAAUCGCAAGGACGCCGACGGCAACACAAAGGUGGCCAAGCCGGUCUGUGUCGUCGUGGAUGAAGUGGACGGCGUCGUGUCGGGCUCCGGAGGUUCUGGCGAGGGUGGUUUUAUCAAGGCCCUGAUUGACCUGGUACUCUUGGAUCAAAAGAAUAGCGUACCUAGAGCUGCCUCAUACGACAACUCACGGAAGAAGAAGAAAGGCGACGACUUUCGCUUGAUGCGACCGUUGGUUCUCAUCUGCAACGAUGUGUACCACCCUUCGCUUCGACCGCUUCGGCAAUCGAAUCUAGCCGAAAUCAUCCAUGUUGGACGCCCGUCGAUUGACGCCGUUGUGGGCAGACUCAAGGCUGUGUUUGAGAAGGAGGGUAUUCCCUGCGAUAAGGACGCAUCGAGAAAACUGUGUGAAGCAGCAUGGGGCAUUACAAGUGGCAUUGACGCAAAGCGUGGCGCCGAGAGCACCGUUGAAGGUGACCUUCGCGGCGUCAUGGUUGUGGGCGAGUGGGCGGCGGCGAGGUUCCGAUCUACUUUAUUGGGGUCAUCCCACCAGCGAUUAACGAGGCAUUGGAUUGAAACACACAUCCUGGGUGAACUGUCCAGCGGCGCAGCUGGAGCUAGAGGAAUCGGACGUGGAAACGUCAAGGAUAUUGUAACUCGCCUGUUCCAGGAGGGUGGCGGAUUUCCCAAGCAGGCCAUGGAUCUGUCAAUGUCCAAAAACACACAGCACGAGCAGCCCAAGACAGAAUUGGGAUUCAAUGAGCAGGUCAAGAAGCACGCCAUGGACAGUCUUAAGCAGAUGGUUGAGACGAGCGGCGAGAUCAGCUACAUCAUGACGGAAAUCAUGGCCGAAUACCCCAACCGUGAGUACAAUGAUGAUUUGUACCUCAGCAAGCCCUGUCAGGCCUACGACUGGCUAUUCUUUCACGAUACAUGCCAGUCGCGGCUCUUUGCCAACCAAGAGUGGGAGCUGGCGGCCUACCUCUCCCAACCGGUCCUCGCAUGCCACCAUCUCUUUGCCUCCCCCAAGCGCCACUACAACAACACCACCGGUGGCGUCCGCUGGGGCGGCGCCGACGCAACCGAAGAGGAUGUCGGCCCGCCGAUGCCGUUUUCUGGCCCGCGUGCCGACUACCAGGCCAGAGAAGCCGAAAAGCACAACCGCGCCGCCCUGCAGGCCAUGCAGAGCCAGCUGCCGGCGUCGCUGAUGCGAUCAUUCCGCAGCGCCGAGGACAUGGCCAGCGAUUUUUUGCCAUAUCUCGCGCGCAUGAUCUCACCCGACGUCAAGCCCGUGCUCGUGGUUGGCAGUGAGGGCGCGACGGCGAGCGUGCGCAAGGAGAGCGAACGGCUCAUGGUGAAGCGCGCCUCGGAGGUGCUGGCCGAGGUGGGCAUCGAGCUGAUCAAGGGCAAGAUUGAGGGCGACAUGAUGUCGAGCCGCGCGCCGCAAUGGGUAUACCGAAUGGAGCCAGACAUUGACGCACUUUCCAACUUUGAGACGGGCGCCACGCUCCUCUCGGCGCAGGCGCCCACACGCUACGCCGUCCGCCAGGUCCUCGACCAGGAGCUGCGCCGCACCGUGGCCCUGCGCGAGAGCCACGCCCGACAGACGCGCUUCCAAGCAGGCGCCGGGACGCCGUCAUCCACCACCGCGGCGUCGGUGGCGGCGGCGGCCGCCGCCAAGGCAGCAGAGGAAAUGAUGGCGGCGCGCCUGCAUCCGCACGACGACAAGGAGAAUGACGGCGGCGGCGAGAAGCAGCACCUGGUCAAAAAGGACUUUUUCGGGCGAGUCAUCGAGGUGCGCCCGCUGACGGAGCUCGAAACGCAAGCGCAGACGGCGCAGAAGAGGCGUAAAGUGUGGGUGACGUACCACGAAGGCCUGAACAAUGCGGUGCGCAAGCCACUCUCGCUGGCCGAGUUUCUGAAGCCGCUGUGA